CACACGAACAAAGAGCCCUUGUGAGAAAACUAUGUGGAAUAUGAAUACCAGCUUUUAAAAAGUUGGGGAGCUACCAUACAGGAUCCUAAAUUCUAAAUCACCAGGAAAAGAGACUUAAUCAUAGCAGUUGUGAUUCCUUCAGUCUGUAUCUUUCUCAGAAUAAAGAAUGGGAGGAAACUGGAAAAGACAAGAAAAUCUUCGGAAUGUUCCACAAAUUCCUUGUAUCAGAGUCCCUACAUCUGUUUCUGCCACUUCAUUAUUGAAGGAUCUAACCCAAGGGCAACGGCGCUACCUUUACAGCAUCAUGAAGAUUUACAACUCCAGGCCCCAGUGGGAGGCCCUGCAGACCCGUUGUAUUCACAGCCUUCAGCACCAGCAGCUGCUCCGCUACAUUACUCAGCAGGAAGCCUUGUCUUGUGCCACAGUACUUAGAGAUUCAACCAAGAGAGCCUCAGCCAAGGUUGCUCCUCAAAGAACCAUUCCCUGGAAGUCUUCAACUGUGACAAGAAAGGGUCCAUCAGCACUUCCUCUGUCUGUGGUUUGAACCAGGGUCCAAAGCACAAGGUCCUGAAUGCUCAGGAACUAAGACUUUGCACAAUGUCUGAAAUGGGUAGUUUGCUUACAUAUCUCUGGCAUCUAGUGGGUGUUUAGUCCAUAUUUGUUAAUGACAAUAAAUAAAAGAA